AUGUCGGACGACUGGGGAGAUUACUCCGAUUACAUAGAGUACCCCACAGGCUACCCCGAAAUCGACCCCGGAACAGCCCCCUGUACACAAGAUGAGGUGGGCGCCUUCUCUCGUUAUUUUGGCCCAGCGGUUUUCUCCGUGGCCUUUGUGGUGGGCUUGGUGGGCAACGGCCUUGUGCUGGCCAUUUUGGGCCGGCGCCCUUGCCCUUGGCUCUUCGCAGACUGCUACCUCUUCCAGAUGGCCGUCGCGGAUCUGCUGCUGACCUUCACUCUCCCUUUCCGCGCUGUCCAGUUCACCCAGGGCUGGGUGUUCGGCGAAGUCUCCUGCAAGCUCGUGGGAGCCAUUUCCACCAUGAACAGCUACAGCACCAUCUUCCUCCUGACGUGCCUCAGCGUGGAACGCUACCUGGUCAUCAUUCACGCCAUGCAGCUCCACCACCUCGUGAAACUUCCCCACACAUACCUCCUCUCCGCCCUCGUGUGGAUCGCCUGCUUCGGCCUGUCCGUGGUGGACCUCCAUUUCCGUUCCGCGACCUACGCGCCGCAAGCCGGGGCCGUCAUCUGCCACCUGAGAUUCGACGCCGGGCAAGCCGAGUCUUGGCGGUUGGGCCUGCGCUUGGUCUCCUUCCUCUUCGGCUUCUUCUUGCCUCUCCUGGUAAUGGCGGUCUGCUAUUUCCGUGUCUUCCAUCGCCUGCGCCAAGCCAGCAUCUUCUGCAGGCACCAGGCCGUGCGUAUCCUGCUGGUGAUUCUGGUUCUCUUCGUCCUCUGCUGGGCGCCCUUCCAUGGAUUCAUCUUCGUGGACAGCCUGCAGCGCCUGGGCCACGUGGCUCGAGACUGCGCCCGGGAGAAGAUUCUGGAUUUUGGGUUGCUUUUCACAGAGAGCAUGGGCCUGGUCCACUGCUGCCUCAACCCACUGGUGUAUGCCCUCAUGGGGGUCAAGUUCCAGAGAGAGCUUUCCAUGUUGUUCCGUUGUCGGGACAGGGAACGGCCAGCGCAACAUCUCCGACUGGAAUUCAGCCAAGCCACAGAGCACACCAUCACCCGACCCGUAGACUAUUCCAUCAUGAUGUGA